GAUCAACUGUUUAGUCCGACAUUAGACGGGUCACAUUCAACCAGACCCUCGAAUCAAGUGUUUUGUAUUUUUAUUUCAUCAUAAAUUAUGAUACCUUUAUUAUUUCUUUAUUUUAUAGCAACGCUAAAAGUUUUUAAAAAAACAACGCCAAAUGGAAAAGUCACUAUAUACGUCAGUAAACGAGAUUUCAUUGACCACUUAGACAGUGUUGAUCCAAUUGAUGGCGUUAUCGUAGUCGAAAAUGACUAUUUACAGGGACGAAAAGUUUUUGGAAUGGUUUCAACGACUUAUAGAUACGGUCGAGAUGAAGAUGAAGUAAUGGGUGUAAAAUUUAGUAAAGAAAUGGUGUUGGUAUGUAAUCAAAUUGUUCCACCAAUUAAAGAAGUUGCAGAAUUAACUCCUAUUCAAAAAAAAUUGGUGAAAAAAUUUGGUAGCUCUAAUGCAUUUCCAUUCCUUUUCUACUUUCCUCCAAAUUCCCCUUCUUCGGUGACCUUGCAGCCAGGCGAUGAUGAUAGUGGAAAACCACUUGGAGUUGAAUAUAGUAUCCGAACCUUUGUAUCAGACAGAGAAGAAGACAGAGGAAAUCAAAGAUCAUCCAUCGUGCUAGCUAUUAAAAAGUUACAAUACGCUCCAUCAACAAGAAGCCAAAGACUACCAAGUUCAUUAAUUAGCAAAGGAUUUACGUUUUCACACGGAAAAAUUAGCUUGGAAGUUACAUUGGACAGGGAAAUAUAUUAUCAUGGGGAAAAAGUUAUUGCCACACUUGUCAUUAGUAACAGCUCGAGGAAGUCCGUAAAAAACAUUAAGGUAUAUGUUGUUCAACAUACCGAAAUUACAAUGGUCAAUGCGCAGUUUUCUAAGUUUGUCGCUAGUUUAGAAACCCGAGAAGGUUGUCCGAUAACACCGGGAGCCGCUUUUACUAAACAAUUCUUUUUAGUGCCAUUGGCGUCGAGCAAUAAAGACAGAAGAGGCAUUGCAUUAGACGGACAUCUUAAGGACGACGACGUUAAUUUGGCAUCUUCUACAUUGAUAUCGGAAGGUAAAGGUCCUAGUGACCAAACUGGUAUCGUUAUUUCAUACUCAGUUAGAGUAAAGUUGAAUUGCGGUACUCUGGGAGGUGAACUCGUGACCGACGUACCAUUCAAACUUAUGCAUCCAAAUCCAUCAUCCGAAGACUGGACUGCGUCUAAACAACCACAAAAAGGAGUAUUGAAGAAGACCAAAAGCUCGGACAGAAUGAAGUAUCAAAAGAGCUUUGGUGAUGACGACGAGGACAAUAUUGUGUUUGAAGACUUUGCAAGACUUAGGUUGGCUGACGAAUAAAUAAAACCAUUUGAAAAUUGUAAAAUGUCUAAAAAUUGUAUUAAAUUGUGUUCCCUUCGCUUAACUCGCAUUGGUAGGAAAACCAGGAUAUGUUGAAACUUCAAAUUAUUACUAUUAUUAUUGCAAAAUUAUAAUAAAUCAGUUCAUUGUCGUCUUCUAUACAAUAUAUAAUAUGUACUCGAUAUUUAAACUACAUUCCGAUAGCGUCUUAUUAUAACCUGAAAUACAGGAUUCGAUUCCCAGCCAAAUAUCCCUCAUAACAAUGAUGUUCAAGAAUUUUAGGGAGAAUAUGUCAUCGGCAAUAACCAUUACGACGAUCAUGAACCGGAAUAUUCAGUACUGGUUCGAUUUCCGUUUUUCACACCUUUGACCCCUCAUGACUAAUAUUCACAUACAUAUCUUGUUUGACCGAUACCCCAAACGAGGGAUUCAAUAUCGUAUGUAUAUGUAAGUUUGGUAUUAUAGAUGUUUUAAUUCAAACUAGAAUACUUUUUAUUAUUUCCGAUUUAAAAAAAAAAAUACUCGUCAAACAUGUUUAUGUAAUCUUUACAUUAUACAAUUGAAUAACUACUAUCGACGGGUAACACAAUAAAAUCAAAGCAAAUAUCGCUACUACACAUAUUCAGGAAUCGUAGGUACCUACUUGUUUGCCAAAAAUCAACAUGUUAGUUUGUAUUAGUAUAAUAUCAUUUUAAUAGGUGACGUAUUUUUUUUUAAAUCUCAUAGUCUAUAUUUAAUUUA